UAUCAAGUUCAGUUGGGAGUCCCCGAUUAAUCUAUUUAUUUAUAAAACAGUGUAAUGUGCAAGCUGCAAGAGACAGCAAGAGAAUCAAAAAUGCAUAUCGUAUAAGAUUAUGGAUGAUGCGUUAUAAUCUAUUAGCAUUUUUAUAACCUCGGAAUCGGAAAUAGUAGCGUGGCUAUUUGGUUACCGUGAUAACUCACGUGAAUGUCCAAUUUGACGCUUUUAUCUUACUUGGCAAUUUUAACAAAUAUUUACUUUCAUCAUGCAGAGGAGACAGGAACGCGAAGAUUUUAUGUCUAUUACCGCACCUGCAUUAAUGCCAAAGCUUAUGUUGCCAUAUGUUUUUAUCCCAUCUCAGUUAUGUAGUGCAUUAAAAAGUAUAUAUUGUCCAAAAGGGGACUCUAUUUCUCGUUCAAAUCUACAUAACAAUUAUAAAAAGUGCAUUAAAAGUUUGUCUAAUGUACGAACAAUAAUUCAGCGGGAUUAUUUAAGCAUAUUGAAAAUAUGCUUAUAUCUAAUACAAUUUGAAGAAGAUCUCGAAUUAGGACGGUUUAGAUUGUUAAACCAUACAGUUGAGACGUCUGAUUUAGAAAAUUGUUUUAUUAUCAGCCUGAAAUCUUUGAAUGGUGAUCUUCAUGUAAUUAAACCAGACUGUGAAGUAGACAUCAGAGAUAAUACAAAAAAAGCAAUUUUUGCAAAAGUCGUGAAAGUGGUAGAAAAUGAUGUAAUAAUAAAGCCCUAUGAUCCUGAAAAUGCCAAAACAUUGAAAAUGAAGGAGAAAAGAUUUAAUAUACAUUUUGUGGACAGACAUUGGUCAUUGAGAUGCUGUCAUUAUGCAUUAGAGAUAGUAAGCAAAUGCAAUUGGAUUGAGAUUGUAUAUCCACAAUUGAGGACAAAUUGCAUAGAUAUGGAAAUCGAUAUUGAAUGGAUAAAUGCUGAUAUGAAGGAAAAUGAACCACAGAAGCAAGCAGUGAGGAAGAUACUGAAUAAGACAGCAUACCCUGCACCUUAUAUAAUUUUUGGUCCCCCUGGUACCGGAAAGACAGCGACAUUAGUUGAAACUAUAUGUCAGAUUGUGAGACACUUUCCGACGAAAAAUAUAUUGGUGUGCACAUCAUCUAAUGCAGCAGCUGAUGAAAUCACGAAAAGAUUGAUUAAAUAUAUUCCGACAAAUUUGAUAUAUCGAAUGUAUGCUCCAUCUAGAGAAUGGUCGACUGUGAAGAAUGAAAUUCAAUCAUGUGCGAAUUUUGUUCAAGAAUCUACUCUCUUUUUGUCAAAAGAGUUACUGUUACGGAAAAAAAUUAUUAUUACAACAUUAGUAUCAUCUGUAAGAUUGAUUGAUGUAAAUUUUCGAGAAAAUCAUUUUUCUUACAUAAUUAUUGAUGAGGCAAGUCAAGCGAUUGAACCAGAGAUGUUGAUUCCUCUAGCGAUAACAAAUAAAGAAUCUGAUGAGAAUACUAGAUUUCAUCCACAAAUUGUUAUCGCAGGUGAUCCUUAUCAAUUGGGACCUGUUGUUUGUUGCAAAAGGAUUGAGCAUCUUCUCGGAAGAUCCAUGUUAGAAAGAUUAAUGGACGAUUGUGACCCGUAUAAAAAGCAGGAUGGAACAUAUAAUCCGAACUAUAUAACGAAAUUAGUUCAAAAUUUCCGUAGUCAUGAAAAUCUUUUACACGUGUCAAAUAAACAAUUUUAUUGUGGUGACUUAAAGAUCUGUGGAGGAGCCGAUAUACGAAUGGCGUUGAACUGGUCACAAUUGCCCAAUAAAAAUUUUCCUAUGAUAUUCCAAGAAGUUUUAGGCACAGAAACAAGAUCUUUAAACCGAAGUGUCUGCAACACCGCCGAAGUACUGGCGGUACUAAUGUAUGUGAGUAUCCUGAUUAAGACGAAAUUUGGAAAACACGUGAUAACACCAAAGGAUAUCGGGAUUGUAACGCCUUUUAAACAACAGCAACUAGAUAUUAUUCAUCAUCUAGAAGCUAUGAAGAUAAAAGGCAUAACUGUAGGAACAGUCGAAACAUUUCAGGGACAAGAACGAAAUGUGAUGAUUUUAUCCACGGUACGAUCUAAAGUCUUCGAACACAAUGAUAAAGAACACAUUGGUUUCUUAUCCAAUCCAAAGAGAUUUAAUGUUGCUUUAACACGUGCAAAAGCACUUAUGAUAAUAAUAGGAAAUCCAAAUAUACUCUGCAAAAACGAACAUUGGGAAGUACUUUGGAAAUACUGCAAAAAACAUAACGCAAAUAUUCCCUUUGAACAGUUGCCAUUAAACAAUGAUGUAAUAGCGAAAUUGAAAGGCAAUUCUAAAGUUAAGUCAUGUAAUGGUAGUGGCCCAUCAAGAGCAACGGAGUUAUCCGUUACCGUAGAGCUUGGGGAAGAAAAUAGAACAAAAACAUUUGAUGAACUUGUGCGUAAAAUGGAAAAUUUAAAGUUAAAGGGAGAAAAUUUAAAGUCAAAGAAAGAUUAAAAAUAACAACCGAUUCAUAUAGGAUUUAGGGCAUUAUUGCAUUUUUUACGAAUGCACGUAGAUCAUACAUUGGUUUGAUACAUCAUUUUAUUAACGUUUUAAUUUUAAUCAUUUUAAAGUUACCUAAAAAUCAGUAUUAAGCGUGACAUAAUUAAAGAUCAUUGUUUUUAAGUUGCCUGAAAGGGGUAAAAGUAUUAGUAUUCAGUAUGAAGUCCAAGGAUAAACGUCAGUUUUGAUAAGUGUAAGAGUUGAUCACAGUACAAAGAUAUCAGUAUUACUAAAUAUUAAGUACGAGACAGAUAUACGAGAACACGAUUGUUUAAUAUCUCUCUGAUAAUAUUUGGAUUGUUUUAUAGAUUGAUCAUAUACACAAACAUUUUUCGGAGGUAGCAUGUGAUAUCAAGUAAUUUUACGAAAAAACUAGGGAAUAUAUAUGUAUAAUG